AUCAAAUUAAUUUUAAUAAAAUUUAAACAACCAGCUACUAUCUCGGAACUGGGUGGCAACGCUGAGUAGCUACGAACAACAAACAAUGUCCAAGGAGCAUUGGAUGCGAGAAUUACCGCCCGAGCUGCGACAACUUUCCAUUAUUAAUUUGGCCAUUCCAGGUUCCCACAACUCUAUGACUUAUGGCAUUAAUAGCAGCUCCAAACUGUCACCGGAUGCCGAACCGGCCAUACGACGUUGGCAUCGUGUCUUUCCCUGUUUUGUGCGCCGUUGGUGUAAAAACCAAUCCUCCAGCAUCUUGGAGCAACUGCAGCUGGGUGUUCGUUAUUUUGAUCUACGAAUAGCACAAAAUGAAGGAAAAUUCUAUUAUUGUCAUGGCCUCUACUCAUUGGAGAUCUUUGAGCCAUUGGAAGAAAUUCGUCAAUUUCUCGACACACAUUCCGAGGAGGUGGUUAUUCUCGAUUUACAGCACUUCUAUGCCCUCGAUGUCGCCCAUCAUCAGCAGUUGCACAUGGAAUUGAUACAGUUCUUUGGUCAUCGUUUGUAUUCCACAUUAGAUGGUAGUCUUCAGGAUUGUUCUUUAGAACGUUGUCUGCAGCUGCAACGUCAAGUGGUUAUCAUCUACAGAAGAUGUCCCAUCCCACUACCUUUGCGUUUCUGGCCUAGUUACGCUUGGCCUACACCAUGGCCCAACAAGGCCAGUGUUAAGCAGCUGCAAUCCUUCCUAGAAGAUUCCUUGCUAUCCCGCCGACCACAAGAUGGAUUUGUCUCUCAGGUUUUAAUUACACCAACUGGCCGGUAUAUAGCUCUUCGAAUAUUUUUCACACUUCAGCGUACAGCAAAAAGAGUGGACAAGAAAUUGCAUCCUUGGAUCAUGGAACAAAUUCCGGGACCCUUUGAUCCAAAACAAAAGCCUCGUGCAAAUGUUUUUCUUGGUGAUUUUGUUAACCUAAAGGAUGGACAGUUUUGUAAUUGGAUUAUUGACUUAAAUAAGAAACUGGAGGCAUUGGCAGAGCAGGAACAGGACGAGGAACAAUAAAGUCGCACAAGCUUUAUACAUACAAAUAUAUGGUGCUAAAUUGUUAUUAAAUUUUAUACUUACCAUUAGAUAGACUUUAAGUAAAAAAUCAAAAUCCUUCAAAUAUAAUUUUUAGAACAACAUUUUUAUUUUGUGACUUUGAAAAAAAUGUUGAAAAUAUUUAUUAGGUUUACAAUUGGUCGGAUUAUGACGAUUUCUUAUACCAAAAA